ACUCUGGUGUUUUUCUUUUUCUUUUUCUUUUUCUUUCACUCUCAUUGAGGAAGAUGAUUCAGCUUUUGUUUACAGUGAUAUUCUCUGAGAUGGUACUGGUAUUGUUGCUGCUGUUCAAGACCCCAUUGAGGAAGCUAGCGAUCAUGGGCUUGGAUCGCUCGAAGCGCGGUCGCGGGCCGGUCGUGGUCACGACCGUCGCUGGAACGGUAUCUGUGGUGCUAAUGUCCAGUGUGUAUAGUAUGGUGAAGAUCCAGGAGAGAUGGAUCGAUGAAGGUUCCAUCAGUAAUCCGACGGACCAGGUCCUCAUGGCCAAACACCAACUCGAGGCCACUCUCAUGGGUUCAAUACUAUUUCUUGCACUAAUGGUAGAUAGAUUACACCAUUACAUUAGAGAACUCCACAUUCGAAGGAAAAGCAUGGAAGCCAUAAAGAAACAAGCUCGAGGUUUUGAAGAUGGGAAAUCUAUCAGUUCAGAGGAAAUGAAAGUUUUGGGGGAAGAAAGGACUGCAAUGCAGGAGAAACUUAAAAAUCUAGAGUCUGAGUUGGAAACAAAGACAAGAGAGGUGAAUGCUGCAGAAGCUAAUCAGGUUGCUUUAAGAAAUCAAUCUGAAGGAUUCCUGCUUGAGCAUGAUCGGUUGCUCUCAGAGAACCAACAACUACGAAGUCAGCUGCAGUCUUUAGACUAGAAAUUGUCACAUUUUUGAAGAUGGACUGACAUUUUCCCUGAACUGUUCAUUCUAUAUCCGUUCCAGUGUAAAUCAUCUCGCUCUGGAUUCCCGUGGUGAAUUUGUCAGUUUCGCCCAAGUUCUCAUCUAUGGCAUCUUUGUUUUGAAGUUGCUAAAUGAAAGGAUGGGGAAGAGAAAAUAGGAUUUUACGUUGGUCUUCAAUUUAACUCUUUUUUUUUUCUUUUUUUUUCUUUUGGCGGUGAAUAUGCUGAUUUUUUUGGUCUUAUCUUUAGGCGUAAGCAUAUCAAGUAAUAUGCAAUAAAUUAUGGUGAUAGGGAAUCAUGGCUAAAAAGGAAAACAGUCACUCUUUCAUGGAAAAUGAUUCCCUUUGAGGGUCUAUAGUAUCAUUUGGGUUUUUA